AUGGAUAAAGAUGCACUUAUUGGUAUUGCCAUUUAUCUCGCGUGUGAUGAUGCAAAGAAACCCAAAAAGAGAAAGAAAAGAUUCUGGGUUAAAGAAUGGUUGACGAAAAAAAACUCAUUCUCUGAUCAUAACCUUCUAAAAGAACUGCAGCUGUCAUCUCCUUCCGAUUACAAAAACUAUCUUCGUAUGGACCAUGUGACAUUUUCAAAAUUGUUGGAGUUAGUUACACCAUAUAUACAAAAGCAGUAUACUAAUAUGAGAGAACCUAUAUCACCGGCCCAGCGUUUGUCAUGCACACUGCGGUAUUAG